CUCUCCCCCUAGCCCUCUAGCCGCUAGCGCCAGCAUCCCUUGGCAUCUUUGCGUGGAAGGUUAUGUUUACUUGUACACGUGUUGGAAAAAGUCGCUUCGCGAUAUAGGAAAAAAAUGGCUAGAAAGAGUUUAGCCGACAAAAUAAAUACUUUGAUUACAGCAAAGCCGGAUUUUGGCUCGGAUGAAGAACCAGAGGAAACGAAGGCGAAGGUUGUGGAAUAUUACGACGAGAAUGAUGUCUCGGAGGACGAUUUACAGCAAUCUAAAAUUCGCAGACAAAAUGUUGAUACCUUGGACAAAGUAGAUAAAAGGUAUGCUGGUAAAAAAGUCUCAAGAAAAGAUAUAUAUAGCGAUGAGGAUGAUAUCAGUGACGAUGAGAGUAAAAGCUCUGGGAAAGAUGUGAAAGAUGAAGAGAUGGGAAGUACAUCGGAACAAAGCGAGGAUGAAUCUUACAGCGAUGAAGAAGCAGAUUCACAACAAGAGUCUCAAGAUGAUGAGAGUAUGUCUGAUACAGAAGAUCAGGAUGAUUAUGAUAUAAAUAAUUCACUUGAUAAACAAAGAGACUCUACUAUCAAAACCAUAUUUGAAACAAAUGUUAGAGCAGAAGUAGAGAAAGGCAAUUCCAUCAGGAACCAACUCAAGUUUUGGGAAAAUUUAUUGGAGAUGCGAAUAAAGCUGCAAAAGUGUCUUAUAACUAGUAAUCAAAUGCCACAGUAUGACAUACAUAAGAAACUUAGGUCAGAUACAGACCUUGUGACAAAGACCAACGAGACUAAAACCAAACUGGUACUGAUCUUAGAUAACAUGUUGCAACUAAGAGAUCUUUUGUUAAAACAAUAUCCUGAAACGAAAAAUCUAUGUGCUAGUUCCAAAAAGAGAAAAGCUGACAAGGACGAGAAUACAAACACGAAUGAUUCAAUGGAUGAAGAAAUACCUUCCGAUACCGAGGAUGCAUUAGAAAAUGGAAGGGAAUCAUCUAUCGACGAAGACACGGAAAUGGCUGAAGAAUCAGUACCCCGAAAACGUCUCAAAUACAAUGAUUACGAAAAAGUUUUACAAGAAAAUCAUGAUUCCUAUAAAGAAUAUAGAGAUUCUGUUAUAAAAAAGUGGAAUGACAAGACGCGGAUUGCUACAGGUUCGAGUAAGAACUCGGGUCAGACUACGCUUAAACAAAUUGAAUUUGCCAUGAGCGACAUAAGCAAGUUACGGAAGAAAACUCAGCUGAAACGUUCCGAGUAUAACAUUGUCGGUAAAUCUUUGUCGAAUGAAGAUAGCGACGGUAGGAGAAUCCAGGAAUACGAUCCAGAAAUUUAUGAUGAUGACGAUUUCUAUCAUCAGUUGUUGAGGGAUCUGAUAGAAUAUAAAUCGUCGGACGUGACGGAUCCUGUACAACUCAGCAAACAGUGGAUCCAAUUGCAAAACAUGCGUAGAAAGAUGAAGAUGAAAAUCGAUACUCGUGCGACGAAGGGCCGGAAAGUGCGAUACAAUGUUCACAAUAAAUUAGUCAAUUUUAUGGCGCCUAUCACAAUAUACGACACUUGGACAGAUAAUGCGAAGAACGAAUUGUACAAUUCAUUGUUCGGUAAAAUAAAACCGACGGAUGAGCAAAUGAAGCAAUAAUUAUGGAAAUCUAAAUUAUUAAAUCGCAUAAUGUAAUU